UUUAAUAUAUUUAAAUAAAUAAACAAACAAAGAAGUAAAUAAAUAAAUAAAUUGCAAAAUGGGCACUGGAGUGGAUGUAAUAAAUAAUUUUUCUUGUGAAGAGUUCAAUGAAAACUUAAAAUUACUGCCAAGCAAUGAUCAGGUUAAAGAAAUACAAACCAUUUUACGUGAUAGGAACACGUCUCGAAGCGACUUCAAAUUCUACGCCGAUCGCCUAAUUCGUCUCGUGAUCGAAGCAAGUCUCAAUCAGCUCCCCUUCACAGACUGCUCAGUAGUGACCCCCACAGGAGCACCCUAUCGGGGCCUCAAGUAUCGUUCCGGGAACUGCGGAGUCUCCAUCAUCCGUUCGGGUGAGGCGAUGGAGCAGGGGCUGAGGGACUGCUGCAGAUCUAUAAGGAUUGGAAAGAUCUUAGUGGAGUCGGAUGCUGAUACACAUGUUGCAAGAGUUGUAUAUGCUAGGUUUCCAGAAGACAUAGCAAAGCGUCAGAUCCUGCUCAUGUACCCCAUCAUGAGCACCGGCAACACGGUUACUCAAGCUGUGAAUGUCCUAAAGGAGCAUGGAGUCAACGAAGAAUGCAUCAUCCUGUCAAAUCUUUUCUGCACCCCUGCAGCAGCCAAAAAUGUCUCUCGGGCUUUCCCUAAAAUGAAAAUACUGACAUCAGAACUGCACCCGGUUGCUCCUAAUCACUUUGGACAGAAGUACUUUGGAACGGAUUGAGAGGAAUGAUGAAUUAUUGUUAAGAAACUAGAAUUUAUUGGAGUU